GAGGCCAGUCCUGGGGGAUGGGGGGCGCAGCCCUCCUGCUCCUGCUCGCGGUGGCCGCGGCCCCGAGGGAGACCCGGGCGGGCUCCCACUCCCUGAGGCUUUUCGCCACCGCGAUGUCCCGGCCCGGCCUCGGGGAGCCCCGGUAUAUCUCCGUGGGCUACGUGGACGACACGCAGUUCGGGAGUUUCGACAGCGACUCUCCGGGCCAGAGCGCGGAGCCGCGGGCGCCCUGGGCGGAGCAGGUGCGGCAGGCGGACCAGGACGACUGGGACAGGAAGACGCAGAUCACAAGGGAGCGCGUACUGUGGUACCGAGCGCAGCUGGACUCCCUGCGCGGCCUCUACAACCAGAGCGAGACCGGCUCUCACACCUUCCAGAGGAUGUCUGGCUGUGACUUGGGGCCCGACGGACGCCUCCUCCGCGCGUACAGACAGUUCGCCUACGAUGGCGCGGAUUACCUGGCCCUGAACGAGGACCUGCGCUCCUGGACCGCGGUGGACAUGGCUGCUCAGAUCACCCGGCGCCAGUGGGAGGCCCAGGGUGAGGCAGAGAGAUUCAGAGACUUUGUGAAGAACAAGUACUUGAGCUUGCUGCACACAUUCCUGGAGUACGGGAAGGAGACUCUGCAGCGCACGGAUCCCCCAAAGACACGCAUGACCCACCACCCCUCCACUGAACAUGAGGUCACCCUGAGGUGCUGGGCCCUGGACUUUUACCCUGCGGACAUUGCCCUGACCUGGCAGCGAGAUGGGGAGGACCUGACCCAGGAGAUGGAGCUGGUGGAGACCAGGCCUGGAGGAGAUGGAACCUUCCAGAAGUGGGCAGCUGUGGUGGUGCCUUCUGGAGAGGAGCAGAGAUACAUGUGCCACGUGCAGCAUGAGGGGCUACUGGAGCCCCAAGUCCUGAGAUGGGUGCCCCCGCAGUCCUCCAUCCCCACCGUGGUCAUCAUUGCUGGCCUGGUUCUCCUUGGAGCUGUGGUGGCUGCAGCUGUGAUGUGGAGGAAGAAACGCUCAGGAGGACAAGGAGGAAGCUACACUCAGGCUGCAGGCAGCGACAGUGCCUAGGGCUCUGAUGUGUCUCAGCCCCUAAAGCAUCUUUUAAAAAUGAAUGUGAUGAGGGGUCCUCCCUGGUGGCGCAGCGGGUUGAGCGCAUCUCUGUGAAGGUGUCUGCAGCCUCCGCAGCGCUGGUUCGAUUUCCAGCCAGUCUGGGAGAAUCCCUCAUGGUGAGGCAGAACUCUCUUGUCUCGCCCGCUGCUCUGCUUUCAGUCCAUCUGCCUGUUCUGCUCCCCAUUCUGUCUCUGGUGAAUCAUCUCACUUUUCCGCAACUGUGGCUUGUACCCCAGCUCUUGUAUAAAUAAAAAAUUAUUUUAAAAUGCUGUUCACACCCUGAACAGUACAUGGUAUUGUGCAGAGUUUGCAUUUUCAGUCUCUCCUAGGUGUGAAGGUUUCACUGUUCUUAACUGUGAUAUUGAGCAUUUGUUCGUAUUUUUACUUUUCUAUGACUACAGUUGCUGUUUGUAUGGAAGUUUUGUACAUUUUUACAGAUGAAGUGCUGUUCAUUUAUUACACUAUUUUUGUCCUUAUUAAAAUUGGGUUAUUUCUUUCUGAUCAUUGAGUUUUAGGCAUUAUUUGUAGAUACAAUCCUUUAUCAGAUUCGUG